AUGGAGAGGUCUUCAGAUGACUUCGAUGCACUUGGGAGGUUUGUGUUGGGAGGCUUCGACAAGAAGAAGCCGAUGAGCUCCUUUUUGCCGGGCGUGGGAGGCUUCUGGGGCUUGCCGAUGUGGACGUUCUACGUGAAUCGCGGCCAGGGUAUCUCGUGCUUCGGCAUUUUAAACAAGGACAACCCGAUCAUGAGAUUUGAAUCAGCAGAGGCCGCAUAUCGCACUACUGCGUUUCAUGGUUUCCGGACAUUAAUGAGUUUAAAGCGGCCGGGCGGCCUACCUGCGCGCCCAUACCAGCCAUUCUUCAAUGAGGGCGAGGGGGAAAGGGACAUGCUGAUAGGCAUGAAUGAGAUGGAGAUCCGCGAGGUCAACCACGAUGUCGGCCUCAAAACGGAGAUUCUAUACUUCACGGUCCCUAAUGAGGAGUUUCCUGCCAUGGUGAGAAAGGUGACCUUCACAAAUUUAGGCGACACGAAUCUAGAUAUCGACGUCUUGGAUGGUCUCAUGAAGUUGGAGCCCACGGGCAUUCCGCAUGAGAACCUGGUUACAAUGGGUCGAACCAUGGAAGCCUGGAAGAAUGUCUACAACACAGAGGAUGGCGACAUGCGUCGGCCGUUCUUUCACAUCAGCAGCGACCCAGCAGACAUCGCGCAGGUCAAGAAAGUGGAAGACGGACAUUUCGUUGUAGCCUUUGUUGACGGGGAGAGUGACAAGCUGUUGCCCUUCGUGGUGGACCCUGUGGUGGUCUUUGAGCACGACACCUCUUUGAGAUGUCCCCAUGGUUUCACCUCCACCUCUGCAGAGGCUUUGACUCAAAGUGCUCAGUGCAAGUGUGCCAGAACGCCUUGUGCUCUCGCGGCGGUUCCCGCUUGUUCCCUGGUGCCCGGGCAGAAGGUGACGAUCUGUGCCGUCUACGGCCAUGCCUCAAACGUGACGGAGGCGGUCGAGAAGUUCAUCCCCAAGGUGUGCACAAAAGGCUUCGUCGAAAGGAAGCUCUUUGAGGCGAGGAGCAUCCCGGGCAGCUUGGUGAAGAAAGUGGAGACUUCCACAAAUUCAUCUCUCUUCGAUCGGUACGUCAGCUUCAACUUCUUCGACAACGUCUUGCGAGGCGGACUUCCCCACAUCCUCGGCGACCUCGGGAACACCUCAGCUGAUCAUCCAAAGGUCUACCAUUGCUUCAGCCGUAUCCACGGUGACAUGGAACGUGACUAUAACAACUUCCAGCUUGACCUCACCUACUUCUCACAGGGGCCUGGCAACUACCGGGAUGUGAACCAGAACAGGCGAGUUGAUGUCUUCUUUGAGCCUCGCGUUCGAGAUUUCAAUGUGCGUCAGUUCCUCUCGUUCAUCCAGGCAGAUGGCUACAACCCCCUGUCCGUGGCCACGCCCCUCUUCAAGAUGCCAGGAGAUAGCAACCUGAGUAACUUUCUGGCACGGGUCACGCCCACAACUGGUCCACAAGCAGAUGUCUUGAAGAAGUUGCUUCAGUCACCUUUCCGUCCUGGUGACCUCUUCAAGGCCAUGGAGCAGCAAGGUUGCAGCCUCGAGAACAUGAAGAGCAGCCUCUCUCGCGAGGAGUUCCUCCACCUUCUUGCGCGGGAGGCCCAGGAAGUCCCUGUUGCAAAGUACAACCAAAACGGCUUCUGGUCCGACCACUGGACCUACAACAUGGACCUCCUGGACAACUUCCUGACAAUCUACCCAGACCAAGAGUGCGAGCUGCUAUUUGGCCUGGAGCCGAUCCCUUUCUUCCUGUCCCCGUCCACAGUUCAGCCCCGCGCCAAGAAGUACAGGAAGUUGGAGAAGGAUGGGGCGGUGAUCCAGGCGGACGCUGUCUUGGACGGCGAAGCCAUCGCAAAGGCUCGGGAGCAGCAGAUUGCGGCUGCCCGUGCGGGGAACGGCUAUGUGGAAGACCCACUUGGAAACAACAACGCAUGGCACUUGGAUGCGCAAGGAUCCCCCAUGGUCGUCUCGGUUGGGUCCAAGCUGCUUAUGAUCGGGGCCCUGAAGUUCGCCACGCUGGACCCUCUCGGCAUGGGCAUCCAGAUGGAGACGGGAAAACCUGGGUGGAACGAUGCGAUGAACGGUCUGCCAGGGAUUCUCGGGUCGACCAUGCCGGAGACCUACGAGACGCUGCGGGUGCUCAAGUACCUGAAGAAGGUCUUGCGGAGCUACCCCAACAAGGACUUCCAGAUACCAGAUGAGAUGCACCACCUGCUGCAGCAGGUGGAGGUGCAGUUGGGAACAUAUUCCAUGAAUGCCAUGACUGCCCCUGAGUCUGAGAACAUCACAGCUUUGGGGAAGGUGCCCGCAGCCGACUUUGAGUAUUGGAAUGCAGUGAGCACUGCGCGCGAGGCCUACAACGAGAGCAUCAUGGGACCUUUUUGUGGCAGCAAGCAGUGUUGGAGCAAUAGUCAAGUGGUCUCACUGAUAAACAAAAUGAUCGCAAAGAUGGAGCAUGGCAUUAAGCGAGCUCUGAAGUUUGGAAACAGCAAAACUCCUUGUUAUUUCUCCUACAAGGCAGAGAUUCGGGUGGACACCGACUCUCACGGCUUUCCGGUUGCCGUCCCAUUGUCAUUUCAGGUGCCCACUGUGUAUCCUCUCUUCCUCGAGGCCUUUGUGCGCCAAUUGAAAGUGACGGACAGUACCGAAGAUUGCCGGCAGGUGUACCAGAAGGUGAAGAGCAGCUCACUUUACGACACUCCGCUGAAGAUGUACAAGGUUUGCGAGUCGUUGAAAGGACAACCUCUGUCCCUGGGCCGCAUGCUUGCGUUCCCGCCGGGCUGGCUGGAGAAUGAGUCGAUCUGGCUGCACAUGAGCUACAAGUACCUUCUGGAGUUGCUUCGUGCUGGGCUCUUCGCUGAGUUUUUCGAGGAGAUCCAAACGGGCUUGGUGCCGUUUAUGGAUGCGAAGCGUUAUGGGAGGUGCCCGUUGGAGGCCUCCUCCUUCUUGGCUUCAAGCGCUUUGCCCGAUGAGCGGCUUCACGGAACGGGCUUCGUGGCCCGUUUGUCCGGGAGCACCGCGGAGAUGAUGUCCAUGUGGGCCCUGAUGUUCGCGGGACCCCAACCUUUCAGAAAGAAAUUUGAUGAGAAUGAGAGGGGUGGUGAGAACGCGAACGAUGCGAAGGAUUUGGAGUUGUGUUUCGAGCCCACUUUGCCUGGUUGGCUCUUCAAGGAAAACGGCACGAUUUCCUUCACCUUCCUGGGCUGCACAAAUGUCACCUACCACCAAAAUCCCAGUCAGGGCUCGCCUUUCAAAAACACCUGGGAACUUUCCAAACCUCACACUUUCACCUACUCCACCUUCGACGGUCUCAAGAAAACCCUUCACGGCAGCGCGCUGCCCCACUCAGAAGCGCUUCUGGCUCGGGAGCUCAAGCUUGCCACCAUCGAUGUCUUCUAUUGA